AUGGGGUCGGAAAGAGCGCCUGAUGCUCCUCACGCUGGCCAGUCACCAUUCCCUGACGUCGCCUCCGACAUUGAACUCGACAUCUUGCGACUAAUGGACAACAGCAUAGAUCCGUCCGAUUCCAUGUCCUUUGACCUCGAUUCCAUCUUCCCGCAAGAUGAUGGGUCUUUUCCUACUACAGGGUCAGGUAAAUACCAUGAUUGGUCGCAAACAUCCCAAUUUGCCCCGGCUAAUGGGACAUCAAAAUCCGAGUCUCAAGAGGCCCCGAGCAAAUCCUCAAGAUUGCCUAUGACCACAAGAAAAGUUCUUCGACGGUGGUUUGAUAGGCAUGCCGACCACCCGUAUCCCAACAUGCAAGAGAAGAAAUUGCUAGCCAAUGAGGCCGGCAUGGAAAUCCACCAGGUGUCUACCUGGUUCUCAAACGCUCGCAGACGCCGUAAGAGGGAGUCACCAGCCGGAAAUGGCGCUCUCGUCUCCUCCGGUCUUGAAAGCCUGAAUGAAUCCCAGAAGACCACUCACGAGAAGAGUCCUGGCAUGUUUCCGCUCGAUCGAUGGUGA